UGGACCUUAUUAAGGGGAGUGGGUUUCGGAAAUGUAAUUCUUUUACGAAUUCUUUUAUUUUUUGUCCUCUCCCAUUUUCUUAUCAAAUUCUUCUUUAUGGUGUGUUCAUUGAUGGGUAGGGCUUCGAUUACACCAGUGUCCAGAAUGCGCACUCGUGAGGCAAUGUUGAGGCGUUGUGGUAGUUUGAGAGCGGCCAAAGGUGGCGGACCAUCAGGUAGAGGGAUGUUGACGGCAGCAGAUUCGUCAUCCGUUGUUUUAUGAUUGGCAGCAGGUGGUGAAGGCGGUUGAACACGUGGAUGAGUCGGCGUUGUUUCUGUUGGUGGUGGUGCUGAGGAUUCUGUAGUAGCAAUGCCAAUCGUCGGAGUAGGGUCACAUUCCAUUGUCGAGUCUGUUGUUUCUGCCUGUUGCGAUCUGUUAUCUUUUAAAGGAAUUUUAGAUUUAUCAUUAGAAAUAUUUAUAAAUUUUAAAUAACGUUGUAUAUGGACAAUGUCUUUUUGGGAAAUUUUGGACAUA